AUGUGGAGGUAUGGCGGAGCAUACGUUUUGCUGGCAGCCGCGGGGGCUUCUCCCGCUGCAAAGUCGCGUGAUGAGCGAGGCGCAUUUGUCCACCAUCAUGGGUCGCCCAUGGGCUCGGCACAGGGGAUGGUGCACGCGGUAUCGCACCAUAUGGACUACCAUCGGCUCGGCUCGGCGGCGGCGGUGCAGGGGGAGGAGGGGGAGGGUCACAGGGAGCGCGUGUGGGAGCCGCGCCCGCUCACCUCUACUCUCUACGCAUUUCGCUCUGGUGCGCCGGCCAUAGGCUGCCUCGACGCACUGGAGCAGCCUUCCAACCGCAGCUGUGCUUUUAGCAAACGAGUCCGCACGCGUGCCAGUCCACCGGUGCGGCGGGCCGACUCCGACGCCAUUCAGGUUCCGCUACAGUGCAUCCUGGACCCAGCCCUCGUGCUCCGAUUGGGUGUCACGGUGGUGUUGCGUCACAGCGCCGCGCCAGCGGAGGUGGUCCUCUUCUCCAGCCACACGCCGUCCGGUCAGGGCGAGCUUCCCUGGGGCGCGCUGUGCCUCAAGGCUCGGCACGCUUGGGGGGUGCACUCACCCCAGUUCCGCUACCUCGACGUCACACAUGGUGUCACGCAGAUGCUCAUCAACCACGUCCACGACUACCGCCUGUGGGCAAGAAGUAUGCGACUGUCGAACUGUGAGCUCUUGGUGGUGGAGCAGGCACCUUCGGCGACACGAGGCGCCGCGUUUGCAUCUGGCGAGGCGCAGGCGGCAAUCACCUCUUACUACCAAGAAGAAUGGCCGGUGGAGCGGUACUUGUCCUCGAAGAGUGUGGUGAAGCUGGUGCGCGAGUUGAAAAGGCUUGAACGGGAGGAGAGGAUAGCAGCCGUUGAACGACAUGGAAUAACGGCACAGACGGCACUCAAAGGCGAUCGUACAGCCCUUACAGGGACUUCAACUCCACUACGAGUCACCAAUGCGUCAUCUGAGCCCCUACAGACCGACCCAGUAUCGGCACCCUCUAGUGAGAGUGCAGCCGUGGCAUUACCAGCGACGCUAGCGGGAUCGCUGGCUUUCAGCUCGUAUCGCCCACUUCUACUUCAGACUCUGCAGGGGCGUCCAUCGACGACACCGGCCGCGCGUCGCAGCUGCUGUUGCUCCACGCCUUGUGCGACCUCAUCCACUACCUCCACACAAGUACGCCCACCCCUGACGAUAGACGACAGGAUCGACGAGGAGAUCCGAAACAGCUUUCCGGACGCUGAGCGUUACAAGUGGCUGAUGAGCCUCAUCUCACCUGAGCACCUCGGCGAUGCUGUCGUUUCCAGCAGUGGUGGCCAGGAACUCAAAGAGCUCAGCGAGCGUGUGUCUAGUGCGUCUCCUGGCGGCGCAGACACGCCGCUGCGACAGUCUCCACGGUGGUUGCUUGAAAAAAGUGCGUUGCUGGAGCUCACGAAAGUCGCUGCGAGUCCCACACCGAUGGAGGCAGUCCGAACGGGCACCGAAGCACAAUCGUCACAGUUGUCUCCUACGCACCUGAUUUAUCAGGAAAAGCGCAACAGCGCUGUCCCUGCCGCGUCAGCUUAUGACGAUGCGCAGGUGUGCACAUCCGUUACUGCCGCUCGCAAGGAGGCGGCAGCAGCAGCAUCUACGAGUCCAGCCUUGCACUCGAACGUAGCGACAGUGGACGAGCCUGCGGCUGACGCACAUGCUCGGGCACGACUGCACAAUGCGUUGCUGUCCCAUCAUUUUAGUACGCAUUCAACCUACACGACCAAGGCAUACAGGAUAGGGGCGACGCCGAUAGGGUAG